AUGCCCAAAGUAUCCAAAGAAAAGAAACGAUUUACAUAUGUCGAGUCUACACCAGAAAAAGUUACAUCAUUACAAAAAAAGUCUGUAGUAGAAAAUAUACAUAGAUCUACAUUGAAUUGGUUAAAACAGUUUGAGAACUAUCAUAAAGAUACAAACCUUCUUG